CUAACAUGCUAACAGGCUAACAGGCUAGCAGAGCAAGGAUAACUUAUCUACAACAAACCAGCUCCUCUUCACAAACAAGCCAGCUUUGAGAGACCCUUAAAAUGGAUUUAGAGGACGACACCACUGUGUUUACAACCCUGAAGUCCUUCAAUUCCUUCAUCAGCCGCCCUGAACAUCCAAAGCGGCUGUCAGAGCCCCCAGCAGGCAGUGGAAACCUGCAGACUCAGUACAAACGCAGCAUGGAGUUGUUGGACGCAGCAGAGAGGGUUCAGUCUAAGAAUCGCUAUCUUCAGUUGGACCAGGAGAAGAAGCAGAUGGAGAUGAGUCACAAGCGGGCUCGUUUUGAACUAGAGAGAGCUGCUUCUGAUAGUGCACGUGACUUGGAGCAUGAGGUGGACCGGAACCAGGAACUCUUGGGGCGGAUAAAAAAGUUGGAGGACAGAGAGAUGGAGGCCGCUAAGAACCUUUCAGAGAAGGUGGAGGCAAAUCGUGCCCUUCGUAAGAACCAGGAGGGCCUCCACAAGAAACUGGAGGAGCGAGACCUGAAACUGAACACUGCAAACCAGACCAUCAGUUGUUUGAAGGAUGAGAUCAGAGACCUGAAGCAGAAGAUUCAGAACCAAGACUCGACCAUUUCUACUCAAACCCUUGAAAACCAGGAAUUACAGGAACAGUUGGAUUUGCAACGCAGGAAGUACCAGGAAGUGUCUCAGCUUUGCCAGAGUCUCCAAUCUGCUCAGUCCUCCUGCUCAGAGCACAUAAUCAAGAUUAAGGAGUUAGAAAGGCGUCUUGCCAUCCAAGAGCAAGACAUCUCCAUAGUGAAGAUUGUGAAGUCAGAGGUGGCUCGGGUUCCAGAUCUGGAAAAGGAGUUGAAGCGCCUCAGAGAUGACAACGCCUUUCUCAGGGAGAGCAGAGAGAAUUGCAGCCUGUUGAAAGAAGAGGUGGAGGGCCUGAGGAGGAAGCUGGAGAGGAUGGAGAAAACCAAAGAAGAGAUGGUCAAUAUAGAGCUGGAGAAGGAGAGAUUGGCAGAAAAGCUUCAAGCCUGGGAGAACCUCGGACAAUCUACUGGACUCAACAUAAGGAAACCAGAGGAUCUGUCCAGGGAGGUGAUUCAGAUCCAGCAGAGAGAAAUUGCACUGAAAGAACAGAACUACACACUCAACAGCUGUGUGAGGAGCGUGGAGCGUUCGCAGUCGGAGCUCCGUGCAGAGCUGACCCAACAGCGCAACAAGACUCUGGAGGAGCAGAAGAAGAGGGAGAUGCAGGACUCGCUCGUCCGUCGGCUACAGAAGAGAGUGCUGUUAUUAACCAAGGAGCGCGAUGGUAUGCGGGCCAUCCUGGAGUCCUACGACAGCGAACUGGCGCCCAAUGAAUACGCGCCUCAACUCAACAGACGGCUCAGAGAGGCAGAGGACAUACUGCUGAAGACGCAGAACCACAACGCAGAGAUGGAGGCUCAGCUAACCAAAGCUCAGGAAGAGACGGGGACUCUGAAGCUGCGGCUGCAAACAGUGGAGCUGGAGCUGGAGUCUGUGAAGAAGCAGCAGCAGCAGGCCUCUAUUGCUGGCAGCAACUCUUCAGUAACCAAAGAAGAGGUCAGCAUUCUCAGACAGAAAAUUGAAGAUUUGGAGGCAGAGCGGCAGCGUUUGGAGGAGCAGAACAACAUUCUGGAGAUGAGACUGGAGAGACACAACCUACAGGGAGACUACGAUCCCGUCAAAACCCGAGUUCUCCACAUCAAAGUGAACCCCAUCACAGUUGCCAAGCAACAGCGGCAGCAGGAAGAGGAGGCUCUCAGAGAGGAAGUGACCCGUCUCAGGGAACUUGUGCGGUCAUUGCAGGACGGAGGUGCCCUGGUCCAUUCACAAGAUGACGCUAGCCUGCAUUCCUCCAGCCUCAGCCUCAGUUUGCCACCGUCGAAGGAGGUGCUGGAUCUGCGUAAGCAGAUGGAGAGCGCUGAGCUGAGGAACCAGAGACUGAAGGAGGUCUUUCAAAAGAAAAUCCAGGAGUUUCGCACAGUCUGCUACGUCCUGACCGGCUACCAGAUAGAUAUCACCACUCAGAACCAAUACAGGCUCAGCUCAGUCUAUGCAGAGCACAUGGACGACUCCUUGAUCUUCAAAAAGGGCUCCAACGGCAGCAUGCAGCUCAUGGAAACAGAGUUCUCCAAAACCCUCGGACAGAUGGUGGAACUUCAUCUGCACCACCAGAAGAGCAUCCCGGCAUUCCUCUCUGCUGUGACGCUCGACCUCUUCAGCCGACAAACCACUGUAUAAAAUAACAGGACUGUAAUAUUCAAAAUGAGAUUGGUUUUGUUUUGAAUUAUCAUUUUUCCCCUAUAUUUUCCUUGCUAUUUUUCUGCCACUUGUUGUCUCUCUUUUUAAGAUACCCAUGCCAGUAUUUCUCAACAACUGAGUAUUAUAAUCAGUGCUGUGUUGUGAAGGGUGAACACCUUGUUUAAUGAAACACUUCCAUCAUGGCUUCACAUUCACAAAGUUAAGAAAGCAAAAUGGUCUCUCCCUCCUUGUGUGAGGAUUAUGUCAUCAAUAAUAGUUGAAAAAUACAAAUGAGGCUGUCAUGAAAAUGGCACCGAAAAAAGCUUCUGGUAUUUGGAAUUUUGGUGCUUUUUUUUCACCGAUAAAAAAAGGUUGAGACACCCUGCCCACAAAAGUUUUAAUACACUUUGUGCCAAGUAAAAGAAGAGUGUGUCUGAAUCUGUAGAUGUAUUUUUACGCCAUCUUUACCGAGGCAGAGUCUAUGUUGACUCUUUUAUCCUCCAUUUCAGGGUCUUUAUUCACAGCUAGUCUAAUUCAAUCCAAAGAUUGAGUUAAAGAAUCCCUCUGACAACAAGAGCAGUAAAUUUUCUACAAUUUUAUCUUGGGAUGCAUCAAGAAAUGAAGUUAGUUUUCAUUAGGUUGUAUUACGUUAAGUCAUUAGUAUGAUUUUGAUUCUUUUGGGUUUUUUUUUUUUUGUAGUUUUGAUUUAAUGUUUUUAAAUGAUUAUGUGCUUAAAUUGUAGAUAAACUUUCCUGCCAAUCUCUCUCUCUCUCUCUCUCUCUCUCUCUCUCUCUCUCUCUCUCUCUCUCUCUCUCUCUCUCUCUCUCUCUCUCUCUCUCUCUCUCUCUCUCUCUCUCUCUCUCUCUCUCUCUCUGAGCAGCAAGAAGGGAGGAGCUGAAACAGUAAUAGGAGGUCACUUUGCUUCCUUCUAACAACAUUCAAAAUUUAAGCUAGUGUUUGAACGUAGGGAGGGGGGCGGAAUUAAAUAUUUGAUCUGUGAUGAUUCAAAAUUCACAGUGCAUAAGCACAAAAGGUCAUGCAGUGCACUCAAACGGGGGGGGUAAAAUGUUUGUUGUUGUUUGUUGCCCUCGAUUAACCACUCUGUUGUUCUUCUCUUCUGUAACGCGAAAUGGAGAAAACUAAAGAGCUGUGCUGAAUAUGAAUCAUGACAUCUGAUAAGUAAUGUGUUGGUAUCAUUUAUAAAGUCAAGGGUAUACACUGCAUUAUACAACUAUACAUGUAUGAUUCCUCGACAUCGGCUGUAUCCUAAUGAAUUUUAAACAAUAUACAUGUUAGUUUUCAGUUGAAUACCCAUCUGUUGUUUACUCUCCUGACCUGCUUCAUAUAAAAUGUUAAUGUGGCACAAAGCACCGACAUGCAAAACAGGCAUGCUUUUAACCUUGCGUUACAUCAUGUUUACUGUUACCACCUUUAUAACGCAGAAAUAAGUAUCUGGGUAUUAAUUUGAUUUUGAUGAACUAUAAAAUCUUCUUGUUAUGAAUGCAGUUAAUGAUCGGGGCCGGUGCAUGUUUUGCUUGAGACAGGUCAAGAGGGAAAAUGUGUAGGUGGCAAUAAAAAAAAGAAAUGACACAGAUAAACAUGUGGUGAAGAGGAAGCAAGCGGGAGCAAUCCUAUAAAACAAAAGGAAGUGAACUGAGAAUGAAACCACUCAUCACAGCAACAAUACAAGAACUCCAGCUGGUGCAGCCAUAUGUCUCAUGAGAAAACAUAUUUUCCUGUACAGUACAUGCCACAUACUGUCCUUGUUUUUUUCCCCUCCUUUUUUUUCGCGCACUCAUUCAUUUUUACAACACAGCAGCACAUCUUCUGCACACGCCACAGUACUCACCUAGAGGUCAUAUUUUAGAGGGGCUCAUUUAAGCUGUGAAGUGCAUUGGCAGCGGUGUGAUGUGUGCUGUAGCUUUAUCGCUACUGCC